CUCAAAGAACAUAUUUUUUUAGACUUUGACCUCAGAAUACUGCACGUUUUUCGAGAUUUCGUAAAGUUUUGAAAUAAGCUGAGCUCUGAUUUAAGUAGUUGAAGCUUAUCAUAAAGUGAUAGUGAAUUGAGAUCCAAGAUGGCGUCGCUUCAAAGAGAGUAUGCUAUUGUUGUAUUUGGUGCAAGUGGUUUUACUGGGCAGUUUGUUGUUCGUGAAGUGGCUAAAAACUGUCGAGGGCAGUUUAAAUGGGCUGUAGCUGGAAGAAACCAGGGGAAACUGGAGAAAGUCUUACAGGAAACUGCGAAUGAGAUGGACCGUGAUCUUACUGAUGAAGCGCACAUUAUCAUUGCUGAUGUUAAUGACGAGGAAUCCCUCAAUAUUAUGUGUUCAAGAGCCAAGAUAAUAUUAAACUGUGUUGGCCCUUACCGUUUCUAUGGAGAACCAGUUGUCAAAGCUGCUGUUGAAAAUCAAUGCCAUCAUCUUGAUGUUAGUGGAGAACCUGAGUUCCUGGAGACAAUGCAGUUAAAGUACCAUGAUCAGGCCCUACAAAACAACGUCCAUGUGAUUGGCACCUGUGGUUUCGAUAGCAUUCCUGCUGACAUGGGUGUGGUCUUUGCUACUGAACAAUUCCCAGGAGAACUUUGCCAACUGGAAAGUUUCAUGACAUUCCAUACAGGACCCAAGGGUUUUGUAGGACAUUAUGGCACAUACCAGUCCAUCAUCCAUGGUAUUGCUAGUAACUUUGAGGGAAACUUGAAGAAAAUACGCCGACAAAUUUAUCCCAGCCCCAUGCCAACCUUUGGACCUAAACUGAAGAAAAGGGGUGCCGUAUUUUACAGUAAUGAGAUCAAUAAGUGGUGUAUCCCUUUCCUUGGGUCUGACGUGUCCGUGGUUCGUCGAUCGCAGCGUCAUCGUGUUCAGGUCCUGAAGGAGAACGCUAUUCAGUACGGUGCUUACAUGGGUCUACCAUCAUUGGUUGCUAUUUUGCUCCUCAUGUUCUUUGGGGCUAUUUUUGCCUUGUUGUGCCGCUUCCAAUGGGGAAGAAACUUGCUGGAGAAGCACCCUAGAUUCUUCUCCUUUGGUAUGUUCUCACACGAAGGACCCACUAAACAACAGAGGGAAGAAACAUCGUUUUCUUUCUUGUUCUGCGGUGCAGGGUAUGGAAAAAAGACCGCUGGACUAAGGCCCCUUCCUGCCAAACCUGACAGCCAGAUUGUUGUAAAGGUCAAUGGACCAGAGGCAGGUUACGUGGCCACACCCAUCUGCAUGGUACAAGCUGCCAUGACUAUUUUGGAAGACAAGUUGCCAAACAAAGGAGGUGUCCUCACUCCAGCAGCAGCGUUCUCUGGCACAUCAUUGAUUGACCGACUGAACAAAAAUGGAGUCAAGUUCUCUGUAGUCAGCACAACAUUAGCUGAGUGAGAAAAAUCUAAAACAGAGGCUACACAACCAGAGGUAGUUAGAUAGGGCUGCAGUCAGUAAUAUAAAACACUUUCUGUUCAUCUGACUUUUAGUUUAGUAUACUAUAUGGUGACAUAUGGUGUCAUGCUUGUGAUUUGAUAAUGCUUAUGAUGAUAUAUAAUAAUGUUGAUGAUGGCGAUGAAAAGGAAUAUGAUAAUGUAAUGAUGGUUGUUAGUAGAAAGAUGAUCAUAGUAAGGAUGAUGAUAAGAUGAUGGCAACUGUAGUGCCCUUUCUCAUUCUGUAAACACCACUGUGUUUCAUGACCCAAGACUCAUCUGCACAGGCUUAGCAUCGCUUAAGAACAAAUCAUUUGCAAAAAGUCAACUUUAAUGUAAAGAAUGCGCAGCUUGAACAAUACCUAUAAUUUGGAAUCACACAGACUUUUGAUGGUAUCUAUGAAUAGCUGACUUAUAAACGAGGCUAAGCCCGUGUAAAUGAGCCUGUGGUGUUCAAAAACAGCGGUAUACAUCGAGACAUUAUGAUACCUAAAAUAUGUCAAUGCAUGCUAUUUAUAGGAGUAAAGCAUACUAAACCUGUUAUAGGAAGAUAUGGUGGAUUCUGUAUCUCUAAGAUCAUGGGGGUGUUUACUGACAUAAGGAAAAUAAGUAAUAGAUACUUUUGAGUAAAUUCGUAUUUGCUUGGAUUAAGAUGACUACAUAUUAGAUUAAAUUCUGAAAUUAAAGAAACUAUGUUUAAA